UAAAAAAAAAUUCCGAUUCCCGGUUACAAAAAGAUUCCGAUCUGUUCGCGGAUUCCAACCCUCACACAAUUUGAUACAUUUAGGGUUUUAUUCGACCCCAAAAUCCCAGUCCAUGCAACAUUGAAACUUCAAAAUCCCCAAAAAUUCGAACUUCCCCGCGUUGUUUCGGUAGGGUUUAGGGUUUUUCCAGGCAUUACCAACUCCUACCACUGCCAAUUCACUCCCCCAUGGCGAUUUCUCAGGAGUUGUACCCAUCGCAAGACGACCUCCUCUACGAAGAGGAGCUUCUCCGGAACCCCUUCAGCCUGAAGCUAUGGUGGCGCUACCUAAUCGCUCGAGCCGAAUCUCCGUUCAAAAAGCGCUUCAUAAUCUACGAGCGAGCCCUCAAGGCUCUGCCCGGAAGCUACAAGCUCUGGUACGCUUACCUCCGCGAACGGCUCGAGCUCGUUCGGAACUUGCCCAUCACUCACUCGCAGUACGAAACCCUAAUUAACACGUUUGAACGAGCUCUGGUGACGAUGCACAAGAUGCCCAGGAUUUGGAUUAUGUACUUGCAGACUCUGACGGAGCAGAAAUUGGUCACCAAGACCCGCCGGACCUUCGACAGAGCGCUGUGUGCACUUCCUGUGACGCAGCACGACCGCAUUUGGGUGCCCUACCUGAUGUUUGUGAGCCAAAAGGGCAUCCCAAUCGAGACCUCGCUUCGGGUUUAUCGCAGGUAUUUGAAAUAUGACCCUACCCAUAUUGAAGAUUUCAUCGAGUUCUUGAUUAAUUCUAGUCUUUGGCAAGAGGCUGCCGAGAGGCUUGCUUCGGUGUUGAAUGAUGAUAAGUUUUACUCAAUAAAGGGGAAAACGAAACAUAGGCUGUGGUUGGAAUUGUGUGAUUUGCUUACUAAGCAUGCCACUGAGGUUUCAGGCCUCAAUGUAGACGCUAUAAUUAGAGGUGGGAUUAGGAAGUUUACGGACGAGGUGGGGCGGUUGUGGACCUCUCUUGCGGACUAUUACAUUAGGAGGAAUUUGCACGAGAAGGCGAGGGAUAUAUUCGAGGAAGGUAUGACUACUGUGGUAACGGUGAGAGAUUUUAGUGUGAUUUUUGAUUCGUAUGCUCAUUUUGAAGAGAUUGUGCUUGCUCAUAAGAUGGAAACUGCUGAUUUGAGUGAUGAUGAGGAGGACGAAGAAAAUGGGGUGGCAGAGGAUAGAAAUGAGGAGGAAGAAGAUCUUCGAUUGGACAUUAACUUGUCUGUGGCUGAGCUUGAGAAGAAAAUGCUUGAUGGGUUUUGGCUACAUGAUGAUAAGGAUGUAGAUUUGAGAUUAGCUCGAUUGGACCAUCUCAUGGAUAGAAGACCUAUACUGGCAAAUAGUGUUCUUUUGCGACAAAAUCCUCAUAAUGUAGAGCAGUGGCACCGGAGAGUGAAGCUAUACGAGGGCAAUCCCACAAAGCAGAUACUUACAUACACUGAGGCUGUGAGGACAAUUGAUCCAAUGAAAGCAGUUGGGAAGCCUCACACAUUGUGGGUUGCUUUUGCUAAGUUGUAUGAGAACCACAAUGAUAUUGUCAAUGCCAGAGUGAUUUUUGAUAAAGCAGUGCAGGUGAAUUACAAGACCGUGGAUAAUUUGGCUAGUCUUUGGUGUGAGUGGGCAGAAAUGGAACUGAGGCAUAAGAAUUUCAAAGGAGCACUGGAACUGAUGAGGCGGGCUACUGCAGAGCCAUCUGUUGAGGUGAAACGAAGAGUGGCUGCUGAUGGGAAUGCGCCAGUUCAGAUGAAGCUGCAUAAAUGCUUGAGAAUUUGGGCAUUUUAUGUAGACUUGGAGGAGAGCCUGGGCAAAUUAGAGUCCACUCGAGCUGUUUACGAGAGGAUAUUGGAUUUGAAAAUAGCUACACCGCAGAUCAUAAUCAAUUAUGCAUCGCUUCUUGAGGAGCAUAAAUACUUUGAAGAUGCAUUCAAGGUUUAUCAAAAAGGUACUAAGAUAUUCAAGUAUCCACAUGUCAAAGACAUAUGGAUUACAUAUCUUUCCAAAUUUGUAAAGAGAUAUGGGAAGAAAGAACUGGAACGCGCAAGAGAGCUAUUUGAGGAGGCUGUUCAAGCGGCUCCUGCCGAUGCGAAGAAACCUUUGUAUCUUCAAUAUGCAAAGCUGGAGGAGGAUUAUGGUCUAUCAAAGCGGGCAAUGAAGGUCUAUGAUGAAGCAACUAAGGCUGUUCCAAACCAUGAGAAACUGGGCAUGUAUGAAAUCUACAUUGCUCGUGCUACAGAGAUAUUUGGCGUCCCGAAGACGAGGGAAAUAUACCAGCAGGCCAUAGACUCUGGUCUUCCAGACAAAGAUGUGAAGACAAUGUGUUUAAAGUUUGCUGAGCUUGAGAAGAGUUUGGGAGAAAUCGAUCGUGCACGGGCAGUGUAUACAUAUGCUUCACAGUUUUCAGAUCCACGAUCUGAUGUGGACUUCUGGAACAAAUGGCAUGAGUUUGAGGUCCAACACGGAAAUGAAGAUACAUUUCGAGAGAUGCUUCGAAUUAAACGAAGUGUUUCUGCAAGCUAUAGCCAGACCCACUUUAUUCUACCCGAGUAUAUGAUGCAAAAGGAUCAGAAGCUGUACAUAGACGAGGCAAAAGACCAGCUGAAACAGGCUGGAGUCCCCGAAGAUGAAAUGGCUGCUCUAGAGAGGCAGUUGGCACCUGUGGCCAACGAUACUACCACUAAAGAUAGCAGUAGAAUAGGCUUUGUGAGUGCAGGAGCAAUUCAGCAGACUGACGGAGGGAUCAAAGUUACUACAAAUCCUGAAGACAUUGAGCUACCAGAAGAAAACGAUUCAGAAGACGACGAAAGGGUUGAAAUUCAAAUUGCACAGAAGGAGGUCCCGGAUGCUGUUUUUGGAGAGUUGGCUAACAAGAGAAAGGAGGCCGAAAAAGAUGAGGGCGGAGAUGCUGAUACCAAGGACAAUGACAGCCGCCUUGGUGCCCUUGAGAGAAUAAAAAGGCUAAAACGAGGUGCCUGAUUUACUAGCAGUUUUGACGCGUAUGUUCACCAACACCGUAUUCAGGUUUCUUUUUCUCCCCUUUUCCAUUGCAUCUGGCCUGUAUAUUUGAAGAAAAUAGCUGCAUCUCUCGGUUCGCUUGCUCAGUGGUCCUGAGUGAUCGAAUCCGAAAUAGACGACUUGAGAACCAAAAAAUAGGAAAGAGACGACUUGUUUGCAUCUCUCGAAAGAGGUUAGCUUGAAAGAAGUAUUUAGCAUAACCUUACACUAUUGAUUUUGGGGUGUGCUAUUCACACAUUCCUUUUUACUUCUCACACACCCCUUGUUAAUUUAUGUCCGUUGAUCUU